AUGGAGACGGCAAUCCGUUGGUCGCCAAACUCUACUACCGACGAACAAAGAUUCCUCUAUGUCGAUGUAUCGGGCAAAUCAUUCAAGUUAUGCAGAGUGACCUCUGGAGAUAGCGCUGGCUUGAACUACGAUGUCCUUGCCUCAUAUUCCAAGAUCCCUGCCUUCCGUGCCUUUGACUGGUCUCCAGUUGACGAAUCUCUCGUCGCAGUUGGUCAAGCAUCGGGAGAGGCAGUUAUCCUUCGUAUGGACGAUGAUAGCCAAAAUCCAAUUGUCUUCCCCAUCAGGAAUCAAAGGUACUGUAAUGCUGUUGCGUUCAGCACUCAGGGGGGUCUUUUAGCAGCUGGGCUGGAUAAGGUGAGAAACGAUUUCUGUUUAAAUAUCUGGGAUGUCAACCAGCGCCUCUCAGUGAGCAGUACCCGAGGUUACGGAUCCGACAGGCAAGGUUUAGAACCUUUGAGAAAGCUCGCAAGCUCUGAGCCCAUUACCAGCAUCAAGUUUUUCAAGGACCAACCCGAUACCUUGGUUACGGGAGUCAAUGGCCAGUUCGUCCGAAUUUAUGAUUUACGAGAGGGUUUAGGUAACCCAUCUUUGCAAUUUUCCACAUGUUGUGUGCAUAAUCUAGCAAUCGAUUGGUUGGAUCAAAAUUACAUUGCGUCGUGCAAUCCCUCUGGUGAUAUUUCCAUCCGUAUUUGGGACCGCCGUUCAGGGUCUCGGUUUUCAUCCGCGGCCAUGGCCACAACGGACUCCAGCCAACUGUCGGCAGUCCUGGAAUUCAAGAAUGUCAUUGACUCGAAAUCCUCAAUAUGGAGUCUUCGGUUCUCUAGAACAAAAAGGGGUCGUCUAGGGGCCUUGUCAAGUGCAGGAGAAUUCAAGGCAUAUGACAUUGCCAAAGAAUAUAUCUCAGAAGAAAACCGAACUUCACUUGAGCAAACGCUGGGCCAAGAUUCCGCCAACAUUUAUCCAGAGCAACUAUAUACAAAAUCUGUCCGAAACUUUCGAAAUCCUUACUUUCCUCAGGACCAAAGUAAUGACCAGUCGCGGAAAGUAGCAGCUUUUGAUUUUUUAAACUUCAGCGCGUUAAACGGACCGACUGCUGUUACCAUUUUGGCCGAUAGGUCUGUUGCUUUGUUUACACUUCCGUCGCCGCCGUACCCCAUGGAUCUUUCCUCCCAGUGCGUGUUAGCUCGGGGGAUGGUUGCAGAACAUGAAUCCAAUUUGAAGUUUAUAACCACCCUAACAGGACCUCCAUCACGAAUAUCCCAAGUGGUACAAGGAAUCCAAAGCCGUUCUGUACCUCUUACCACUCCAUCAAAUGAUACUUCAGGUAUUAAAACCGAAGAUAAAACUAGUGGCAACCAAAGCUUGCCCGAUCCAAUUACCACCGAUCCCGGUGCUAUUCAAUGUUUGACCAGCCGAGAAAGCUGGGAGAGAUCACUGUCAGCGGGAACAUUUGGUUCUCCGCUUACAGUUCAUGAUGCCUUGACAUGGAUGUCAGCCGCCCGGCUGCAAUGCAAGGAGGGUUACCUCGUCGACAGUGAGAGGAAUAAAGCAUUAGUAUCUAAGGAUCCUGGGCUUCUAGAAUUUUGGGAUUGGGUAGGGCGCGCCCAAACAAACUCGUCCAGCGAAUGCAUGAUAAUCCAUUCUGUUGACAUGAACUAUCUAGGUGUGUACAGCAUAUGGAAUAAUAGGCUUGGCCAGAGUUUCAAGAAUCGCAUGCUUAGUUCCGAUCUGGAUCAAACUAUCGAUGUAAAUACUCUCAUUCUAGACCUCGUCCAGGAGCUUCACCUUCCCGAGGGCAAGGGAUGCAGCUCUCGAUUCCCUGCCCAUCGUAAGCUGUGCCUCCACAUUAUUGGAGCUGCAGAGUCCACCGCGGAUUUGGAGGCGACGGUGAAUAAACUUGUCGAAGAUCGACAACAUACUAAGGCUGCCGCCAUGGCUCUUUUCCAAGAUGAGCCAAAGUUGGCUUACAUGACCCUUAGGAGAAACCAGCCUAGUCAAGCGCAUAAACUUCUCGCCAUGGCUAUAGCCGGCGCUACGAAGGGAGAACCUGAUCCAGACUGGGAGGAAACCUGUGCGGAGAUUGCGCAGGAGCUUACAGAUCCCUUCGCCCGGGCUAUUUUAGCCUUUGUGAGCAAAGGUGACUGGAAUUCUGUGAUUGAGGAAGCCACCCUUCCUCUAAGGUACCGGGUGGAGGUUGCUCUCCGCUGGCUCCCAGAUAAAGAACUAGCAUCUUACUUGCGGGACGCCACCAUAGAUGUGAUACGCCAGGGGGAUAUUGAAGGGGUGAUCCUCACAGGCCUCGACCAUGCCGCGAUGGACCUGUUUCAAUCAUACAUCAAUAAAUUUGGCGACAUUCAAACUCCGGGGCUCGCCAUGAGCCAUACCGUCCCACGAUUUAUUACAGAUCUACCGAAUAGUACACGAUUCAAAGCCUGGAGAGAGACGUAUCGACGGCAAAUGAAUUCCUGGAAACUCCAGCUUAAUAGGGCCAGGUUCGAUGUUGAAUCCCGAAAGCUGGCGGCGACCUGGGAUGGCAGGAGCCUGGUAAAACCUCCUCCACAACAAAUUUGUUUAAUAUGCAACUAUUGCACCCGUCCUCUUUCCCAGCAAGAUGGAACCGAAUCCCCAGUCAACCAAUCGAUCAGCAUGGAGGCCUCGCAUUCAACGUCAGGAAGCCCUCUGGGUACUACAUCUAUGUCAGGCACUGUGUGUCCAAAAUGUGGGCGGCAUAUGCCCAGAUGCGGAAUUUGUUCAUUGUGGCUAGGCACCAUAGAUCCCAUGUCCAGAGCUGCGGUUACGAGCGAUACUACGGGGAAACAACAAGGCAAUGGGAAACCUCAGAGGGAUGAUGUUAUGCAAAGAUUCGUGGUCUUUUGCAUCAAUUGUAACCAUGGAUUCCAUGCCAACCAUGCGAGGGACUGGUUCCAAAAGCAUAGGAUCUGCCCUGUUGCAGAAUGCAGCUGUAUCUGUGAUCGAGGAAGUUGA